GCCUUUCAAUCCUGCCACCAACCCCAUCAACAAUGCAGACAUUUCUCGCUCUAUCUACCCUGCUAGCUUUCUGUGUCUCUGCUGUGCAGGGUACAGCGCUGACGUAUAAGCUCGAUGCGAAUGAGAAGGCCUGUUUCUUCUCCGAUGUCGAGCACAAGGGGACCAAGGUUGCUUUUUACUUCGCGGUCCAAUCCGGCGGCUCCUUCGAUGUCGACUACUCAGUCGUAGGACCCAACGAGAAAGCCAUUCUAGACGGGACAAAGGAGAGACAAGGAGAUUUUGUUUUCACUGCCAAUGAUCCCGGAGAAUAUAGGUUUUGCUUUAAUAAUGAGAUGAGCACUUUUGCGGAGAAGAUGGUGGAUUUUGAGAUUGCUGUCGAAAACGAGAACCGCGCCCAACUUCCCUCGAAGCAGGGCUCCACCCCCGAACAAACUUCCGUCCUCGAGGAAUCGAUCCUCAAGCUCUCCGCGCAACUCUCCACUAUCUCCCGGAAUCAGAAGUACUUCAGAACUCGCGAGAACCGGAACUUCAGCACUGUGCGCAGCACAGAGAAACGCAUUUUCAAUUUCAGCAUUAUUGAGGGAUGCAUGAUGGUUACAAUGGCGGGACUUCAAGUCUUUGUUGUUCGGUUCUUUUUCCAGGGCGCGCGGAAAGGAUACGUGUGAACGACAUUUGUUCUGAGAGGGGCGAGGCAAUCCUAGGUGGUGUUAAGAUAACGUGGGGGGACAUCGGAACGACUGGUCUGUCUGGGUAUGCAUGGCGCCUUGUGAUGGUGCAAUUGGGCAUCAAUGAUUGUCCUGGCUUUGGGUUUUGGGAGUCAACACAGGCAGGUAUAAUUGAGUUCUAUCGGAGCAUUCAAGAACUACCUUGGUCGUACUUUGAUCCUCACUUCGUCUUUCGUCGCGUUUUUUUAUUUCAUCUAUCCAAUCUUGUGACCUCCACUAUAG